AUGCCGAUGAGAAUAGUUUUGAAGUUCAAGCCCCUACUUCUAUCUCCCUUCUCUAAAUCCAAAUCUCCACCUCCUUUGCGCAUCGCCGACGUACUUUUACUCCAAGACCAUGAAGAAGAUCGCCUCCUCCACGCUGAUGGUUGCACAGGAUCAUCCAACUGCUCCAAGCCCCGCCGUAUCGCUGCUCGCUUGUUCUUUUGCUUUGCCCGCGGGAAGCUGAAGAAUAAGAUUCACGGUGACCAAAAGAAAGGAGACGAUGAUGUUGCGUCGCCUGGUCAUGUAACCCUCGGUCCUGUUUUAUCACCGGUUUUCAAAGCAGAAAUAUGUGGGUGUGAAUCUAAAUUUAAUGUGGGAAUAGGGUGCUGUUUGCUCCAUCUGAUUGCUGAAAGUAAGAACGAACUCCAAAAGCUGACGGGAUUGAGGAUCCAAAUGGAGAGUGUUCUUCAAACUGUCAAAGAGGGGGUGCUGAAUAAAGAUUUAUUGGCUAUGGAAUCAAAUGAAGGGGAUGGGGUCAAGGAAAGUUUGGGCUUUAACAGUAAUCUUAUAUCAAACAAAGCAUUGCUUGACCAGUCUUUGAAACGUGAGGAUGCGCCAAAAGGAGAUUUAGAGGGAAUGGACAGACUCGAAGCAGAGCUUGAAGUCGAGUUGGAACGUUUACAACUCCUUUUGGAUUCUGGAAAAUUCCCCACCAACCCACCCGAAGAGACCAUCGAGGAAUGUAAAAGCUGCAGUCUAAGCCAUGGGGAAGCAAUGGAUGAUGUUGAGGAAGAAGACCGUCGUGAUUCGCAUUGUGGGGUUCCUCCGUAUGAACUGCAGAGGAAGUUGCAUGAAUUGCUGGAAACAAGACAGGAACAACAGAUAAAAGAGCUAGAAGAUGCUUUGGAAAGGGCAAAGAAAGAGCUUCGUGAAAAGGAAAGAGAGAUUUCUUGGUGGAAAGACACUGCACAUCUCAUGUUAGAGCAUGCUAAACAACCUUCACUACUUAAUUCCCAGUACGUUCGACAUGUUCAACACCUGAGGUGAGAGAAAUGAUAUGGGAGUACCUUCGAGAUAAUUAUGCUUCCCCGUAAUG